AUGAAAAUACUUCUAUUUUAUUCAAUGAUUCCACGAUAUAUUAUAUGGCUAACACUAGCAAUGUUUUUUUUGUCCACUGGUGAUACAUUUGAUAUAUCGAUAAAUAAUGAAGAAAUUGAUAAUCCUGGUUUAAUUAUCAAAUCUAAAUUUAAAAAAUAUUUACCGGAAUUGCAAGAAAAUCUAGAAAUACCGAUCACUGAGAAGCAACAAAGUAUUAAAGAAUCAUUUAUUCCUAAACGGAUAAAUUAUCCUCAUUAUGGAUUAAGAUCUCGAUUUAGAAAAGAUAUUGCUAUUCUGGGAACAACAACAACCACCCAAGAAUUAUUGGAAACAUCAAUCCCAACAAAUGGUGAUGGUGAUUCUUUUGAUAGUGAAAACGACGGAAACAAAAGUGAUUCUAGUGAUGAUGAAGAUAGUAGUAAUGAUAAAUCUGAUGCUACGUUUAAAUCACUUUCUUCUUCAGCUCCUCCUACAGUGGUACAUUCAAGAAGAUCUUGGAUCAAAGAUUUUUUAAUUUUCAAAGAACAAAAAGUGUCUACCAUGUCUUCCUCCUCUUCAUCAUCAUCUUCCGGCCCAUUACGUGACAAAUACAAAUCCAAAUCUAAUCAAGAAAAUAAACAAUUACAAUCUCGUAUUAAGAAUUAUGAUGAUACUGUUAGUGAUCCUCGAGAUUUAAAACGUUGGGUAAGAUUAAUUGCUGAUGAAGGUAAGAAUGAAUUUGGUAAAAAACAUUCAUCAUCAAAAAAUUAUAUUCAAAAAAAUGAAAUUGAAUUAGAUAUUGAAGAAUUUAUUCAUUACUUGGUUGAAGAACAAGGAUUUAAUUCAUCAGAUUUAGAAUUUUUAAGAUUGAAAAAUUUGGAUUAUGGAUUAGGAGAAAUUGAAAAAGAAUUAAAUAAAUUAAAAGAAGCAAAAGGGUCACCUAAAGUUAUUUCUAUUGGUGGAGAAGAUGAAAAUUCAGCUCCAUUAUUAUGGAUCAAAAUUUCUAAACCUACUGCAUGCUUAAUUAUUGCUUUAACUUUUCUAUUACUAGGCUAA